CGUGUCCAUGCCUCUCCCUAUUCCUCUUACAGAGCACAUCCUCGUCGGCUAAAAUCGCCAGUCGAACGGGAGCUCAAAGCCGGUGCGGACCGGGCAGGUACCAUGGGACCAGCGCAGGGCACCAUGGGAACUGUACUGUGGUUCACUCUGCUGUGGACGUCUGGAUGCGGCCACAGUUUCGCUGCUCAGGUGCUCAAGAGAAAUAUCUACUUCAGCUGUGCUCAAAGAGAACGCAUAACUCUGUCUGUACCAUCUGUAACAUCUGGAAGAGAAUUCAUUUGGGAGAGGACAUCACACCAACACAACAACAAAACUGUCAAAAUUGCAGUCAUUGAGUCCUCAAACGAAAAGCUUUCAUGGACCCACAUCGAUAAGUUCUUUAAAAAUGGCAAGGACUUUGAGAUUUCCAUGGAGCCUCUCUUCCAAAACGCAGGUGUUUUUUCUUUUUCACAAACAAGACCAGAGAAUGUUUUAAUUGCCAGAUAUGAAGUCUUCGCUUUAAAAGUGGAGCCGCCCCUGUGGUCCAGUUUCUCUCGAGGCGCGGACGUGAGCGCCAGCUGUACGGUGUCGCGUCUGCAGGAUUCAGCCACACUACACUGGGAAAAAGAAGGACCUCACACUUCUAACACCACCCUUUCCCACAAAAACUCAGCCCACAUCAUCAUCCACAGCGCUGAUGAACACAGCGAGGGAAGGUACAGCUGCUCGCUCGAGCAGAACGGACUGCUUCUACACAACGUUAGCAAUACGCUCUCCGUCAGGAAAGAUACGUAUCAUACCUCGUAUAACCUGUACAGAGACAGUUCUGAAACCGAAGUCGUGUUCGUCUGCGCGUCUCCGAGCCACCACAGAACAGCUAGGUGGGCCUGGGUGCCAUUUUUGGAAGGAAAAACAAAAACUCUGGCAACAGUUGGGAAGGAAGGAAAGGUCAGGAUUUCUACGGAGAUUGACGGAGAGAGGUUCUCGUCGGAUGGUUACGACGGAAUACUUUUCCCCUUGAGGAUAUCGCCAGUGAUGUUUCAAGACGCUGGAAGAUAUUCAUGCUAUGUGGACAACAGCUAUUUCAGCUAUAUAACACUGAUAACUCUUCAGGUGUCAGCAGAGCCCCCUGGUGGUCUGUCCAGGAAUCAGUCAGUUGUGCUGAACUGUCAGAUAUCACAGGUGAUCGGCUCUGUGACCCUGGCCUGGCUCCGGAUGAAGGGGGGCAGGGGGGAGCUCGUAAAGCAGGAGGUCCUGAGUGAGGGGCACCCAGAAAAGAUGCUCAGUCUCACCCUACCCAUUCUGAGCGGAGACCAGCUGCACUGGGCCUGUGCGGUGUUCACAGAGAGCAUGCUCAGAGCACAGGUCCCCCUGCACCUUAGGCCACUGUCAGCACAGCCAGGAUGGAGCACUGAGACAGUGGUCAGGGUGGUGAUUGUAGUGCUGGCCACCCUGGGGAUGCUAAAGGUUCUUAUGUGGUACUGCAGGAGACGCCCAGCAAUGUUGGUACAGUACAAAUACUGCCUUUCUGGAGAGAUACAGGGGGUCUCUCUACAAGCCCCUGCUGAGACCAACGGGACAGAAUUCAUCUGGGAGUGGACGUCACAUGAUGGAAGCUACACAAACACUCGAAUAAUAACUAUACAGCCCAAUGGGAAUCAUUGGUGGGAAUUUAAGAAGACGUUUAUUACAAAACAAGGGAAGUAUGACAUUUAUCUGGAACCGGAGUUAGAAGAUGGAGGAACAUUUACUUUUAUUCAAACUAAACCUGAGAAAGUAAGCUUGGCCCAGGUUGAAGUGUUCGCUGUAAAAGUGGAACCAUCGCGCUGGUCCAAAGUAAAAGAAGGUUCUGAUGCGACCAUGAGCUGUGAAGUAUCGCACCUUCCAGAUUCAGCUACACUGGACUGGGAAAGGGACAGAGAACCUACUGCUAACACAACGCUGAUCUACAACAACACUGCCCACAUCAUCAUCCACAGUGCUGACCAAUACAGUGAGGGAACGUAUAACUGCACACUCAGAUGGAACGGAGCACUUAUUUUCAGCAUUCCUAAACCACUUAAAGUCUCCAAGGGCACAGGUGGCACAAACAUUCUGUACAGAGGGAGUUUGAACGGCAGUGAGGUGGUGCUGAUCUGCCAUUCUCUGAUCUCAUACGGAAAAGCUUAUUGGCAGUGGGAGCCAUCGUCUAUGACAAAUACAAUCCUUGUGGCCUCAGCUGAUAACAACGAGAAUACUUCGAUUUCCAUGAAGAUAGAUAAAGAGAGAUUCUCAUCUGAGGGCUUUGAUGGAUAUAAUUUCCCUCUGAGAAUCUUACCGGUGAAGUUCAGAGACAGUGGAACGUACUUCUGUCACUGUGAACGCUACAUGAUGGCCACAGUAACUCUGGUAACUGUUCAGGUCUCAACAGAGCCCCCUGGUGGCCUGUCCAGGAAUCGGUCAGUUGUGCUGAACUGUGAGAUAUCACAGGUGAUCGGCUCUGUGACCCUGGCCUGGCUCCGGAUGAAGGGGGGCAGGGGGGAGCUCGUAAAACAGGAGGUCCUGAAUCAGGGGCACCCAAAAAAGAUGUUCAGUCUCACCCUGCCCAUUCUGAGUAGAGACCAGCUGCACUGGGCCUGUGCGGUGUUCACAGAGAGCAUGCUCAGAGCACAGGUCCCCCUGCACCUCACACUGCCAGCACCUGAUCCUGAAGAGCCAAAGCCAGAUAAUGGGAGGAUGCUGGUGAUCGGUGUGGCCUGUACUGCUGCUGUGUGUGUUGGAGUGCUGUUGCUGUUGUUUCUGUUGUUUCAGCGUCUGAAAACAGCAGCGGGUCCCUCCACAUCACCAUCUGAAGGGAACGGUGCAGCUGAUGCAGUCUACAGUUACAUCACAGAUCUGCAGCAAGGUCAAGGAAACCAGGAUACCCCUAAAGAGGAGAAUGACAGUGAGGAGCUCCAAUACUUAAUAUUUUCCUUGUCCACUCCCAGUCUGGUGUUGGUACAGUACAAAUACUUCCUUUCUGGGGAGGGACAGGGGGUCUCUCUACAAGCCCCUGCUGAGACCAACGGGACAGAAUUCAUCUGGGAGUGGACGUCACAUGAUGGAAGCUACGCAAACGCUCGGAUAAUAACUAUACAGUCCGAUGGAAACUAUUGGUGGGAUUUGAGGAAGGCGCCUAUUUCAAAACAAGGGAAGUACGACAUUUAUCUGGAGCCCAAGUUACAAAAUGCAGGAGUUUUUACUUUCAUUCAAACUAAACCUGAGAAAGUAAAAGUGGCCCAGUUUGAAGUGUUCGCUGCAGAAGUGAAACCAUCUCUCUGGUCCAUAGUAGAAGAAGGUUCUGAUGUGAUCAUGAGCUGUGAAGUAUCACACCUUCCAGAUUCAGCUACACUGGACUGGGAAAGGGACACAGAACCUACUGCUAACACAACGCUGAUCUACAACAACACUGCCCACGUCAUCAUCCACAGUGCUGACCGAUACAGUGAGGGAACGUAUAACUGCACACUCAGAUGGAAUGGAGAAUUUAUUUUCAGCAUUCCCAGGACACUUCAAGUUGAAAAUGGUACAUUUGGAACACAGCACACUCUGUACAGAGGGAGUUUGAGCAGCAGUGAGGUGGUGCUAAUCUGCCAUUCUCUGGUCUCAUACAGAAAAGCUUAUUGGCGAUGGGAGCCAUUGUCUGGAACAAAUACAAUCCGUGUGGCCUCAGCUGAAAAAUAUAAGAAUGUUUCGAUUUCCAUGGAGAUAGAUAAAGAGAGAUUCUCAUCUGAGCGCUAUGAUGGAUCUAAUUUCCCUCUGAGAAUCUCACCGGUGAAGUUUGGAGACAGUGGAAUGUACUUCUGUUACUGUGAAUACUACCCGGCGGCCUCAGUAACUCUGGUAACUGUUGAGAUCUCAGCAGAGCCCCCUAGUGGUUUGUCCAGGAAUCAGUCAGUUGUGCUGAACUGUGAGAUAUCACUGGCAUUUGGAAAUGUGACCCUGGCCUGGCUCCGGAUGAAGGGGGGCAGGGGGGAGCUCGUAAAGCAGGAGGUCCUGAGUCAGGGGCACCCAAAAAAGAUGCUCAGUCUCACCCUGCCCAUUCUGAGUAGAGACCAGCUGCACUGGGCCUGUGCGGUGUUCACAGAGAGCAUGCUCAGAGCACAGGUCCCCCUGCGCCUCAUACUGCCAGCACCCAUCACUGAACCUGAAGAGCCAAAGCCAGGAUGGAGCACUGAGACAGUGGUCAGGGUGGUGAUUGUAGUGCUGGCCACCCUGGGGAUGCUAAAAGUUCUUAUGUGGUACUGCAGGAGACGCCCAGCAAUGUUGGUACAGUACAAAUACUUCCUUUCUGGAGAGGGAGAGGGGGUCUCUCUACAAGCCCCUGCUGAGACCAACGGGACAGAAUUCUUCUGGGAGUGGACGUCACAUGAUGGAAGCUACGCAAACGCUCGGAUAAUAACUAUACCUUCCGAUGGGAAGGUUAAAUGGAAUUUGUCUAUUACAAGACAAGGGAAGUAUGACAUUGUUCUGCAACCAAAGUUACAAAAUGCAGGGGUUUUUACUUUCAUUCAAACUAAACCAGAGAAAGUAAAAGUGUCCCAGUUUGAAGUGUUCGCUGUAAAAGUGGAACCAUCUCGCUGGUCCAGUGUAAAAGAAGGUUCUGAUGUGAUCAGGAGCUGUGAAGUAUCACACCUUCCAGAUUCAGCUACACUGGACUGGGAAAGGGACAGAGAACCUACUGGUAACACAACGCUGAUCUACAACAACACUGCCCACAUCAUCAUCCACAGUGCUGACCGAUCCAGUGAGGGAACGUAUAACUGCACACUCAGAUGGAACGGAGCACUUAUAUUCAGCAUUCCCAGGACACUUCAAGUCUACAAGGGUACAUUUGGAACACAUCACAUUCUGUACAGAGGGAGUUUGAGCAGCAGUGAGGUGGUGCUGAUCUGCCGUUCUCAGAACUCAUACGGAACAGCGUAUUGGCAAUGGGCGCCAUCGUCUGAGACAAAUGAACUCAUUGUGGCCUCAGCUGAUAACAAUACUUUGAUUUCCAUGGAGAUAGAUAAAGAGAGAUUCUCAUCUGAGCACUAUAAUGGAUCUGAUUUCCCUCUGAGAAUCUCACCAGUGAAGUUUGGAGACAGUGGAAGGUACUUCUGUUACUGUGAUGCCCACAGGAAGCCAAUGGCCACAGUAACUCUGGUAACUGUUCAGGUGUUGGUACAGUACAAAUACUUCCUUUCUGGGGAGGGACAGUGGGUCUCUCUACAAGCCCCUGCUAAGACCAAAGGGACAGAAUUCAUCUGGGAGUGGACGUCACAUGAUGGAAGCUACACAAACACUCGGAUAAUAACAAUACAGCCCAAUGGGAAGUUUUCAUGGAAUUUGCCAAAGGCAACGAAGUCUAUUUCAAAAGGAAGAACAUAUGACAUUUAUCUCAGACCAGUGUUACAAAAUGCAGGAGUUUAUACUUUCAUUCAAACUAAACAAGAGAAAGUAAACAUGUCCCAGUUUGAAGUAUUCGCUGUAAAAGUGGAACCAUCUCACUGGUCCAGUGUAAAAGAAGGUUCUGAUGUGACCAUGAGCUGUGAAGUAUCACAUCUUCCAGACUCAGCUACACUGGACUGGGAAAGGGACACAGACCCUACUGCUAACACAACGCUGAUCUACAACAACACUGCCCACAUCAUCAUCCACAGUGCUGACCGAUACAGUGAGGGAACGUAUAGCUGCACACUCAGAUGGAACGGAGAAUUUAUUUUCAGCAUUCCCAGGACACUUCAAGUCUCCAAGGGUACAUAUGGCACAGAGCACACUCUGUACAGAGGGAGUUUGAACAGCAGUGAGGUGGUGCUGAUCUGCCAUUCUCUGGACUCAUACGGAACAGCGUAUUGGCAACGGGAACCAUCGUCUGAGACAAAUGCAAUCCGUGUGGCCUCAGGUGAUAAAAAUGAGAAUACUUCGAUUUCCAUGAAGAUUGAUAAAGAGAGAUUCUCAUCUGAGCACUAUGAUGGAUCUAAUUUCCCUCUGAGAAUCUCACCAGUGAAGUUUGGAGACAGUGGAAGGUACUUCUGUUUCUGUGAUGCCCACAGGAAGCCAAUGGCCACAGUAACUCUGGUAACUGUUCAGGUGUUGGUACAGUACAAAUACUUCCUUUCUGGGGAGGGACAGGGGGUCUCUCUACAAGCCCCUGCUGAGACCAACGGGACAGAAUUCAUCUGGGAGUGGACGUCACAUGAUGGAAGCUACACAAACGCUCGGAUAAUAACUAUACAGUCCGAUGGGACGUUUUCAUGGAAUUUGUGGAAGGUGUCUAUUACAAGACAAGGGAAGUACGACAUUUAUCUGCAUCCGAAGUUACAAAAUGCAGGAGUUUUUACUUUCAUUCAAACUAAACCAGAGAAAGUAAAAGUGGCCCAGUUUGAAGUGUUCGCUGCAGAAGUGAAACCAUCUCGCUGGUCCAGUGUAAAAGAAGGUUCUGAUGUGACCAUGAGCUGUGAAGUAUCACACCUUCCAGAUUCAGCUACACUGGACUGGGAAAGGGACAGAGAACCUACUGCUAACACAACGCUGAUCUACAACAACACUGCCCACAUCAUCAUCCACAGUGCUGACCGAUACAGUGAGGGAACGUAUAACUGCACACUCAGAUGGAACGGAGCACUUAUUUUCAGCAUUCCCAGGACACUUCAAGUUUACAAGGAUAAUGGGAGGAUGCUGGUGAUCGGUUUGGCCUGUACUGCUGCUGUGUGUGUUGGAGUGCUGUUGCUGUUGUUUCUGUUGUUUCGGCGUCUGAAAACAGCAGCGGGUCCCUCCACAUCACCAGCUGAAGGGAACGGUGCAGCUGAUGCAGUCUACAGUGACGUCACAGAUCUGCAGCAGGGUCAAGCGGAUGGGAAUGGUGAUUCCAGUGCAGCUGCUGCAGUCUACAGUAACGUCGCAGAGCUGCAGAAAGAUCAAGGUCCCUCCACAUCACCAGCUGAAGGGAACGGUGCAGCUGAUGCAGUCUACAGUGACGUCACAGACCUGCAGCAGGGUCAAGCCACAUUACCAGUGGAUGGGAAUGGUGAUUCCAGUUCAGCUGCUGCAGUCUACAGUAACGUCGCAGAGCUACAGAAAGAUCAAGGAAACCCAGACACGCCUACAGAGGAGAAUGACAGUGAGGAGCUCCAAUACUUAGUAUUUUCCUUGACCACUCCCAGUCUUGACCCUAACAGACAACAACGGAGGCAGUUGAACCCCCAGUCUUGCUCUGAACAAGAAGAAAAUGAUAAAGUGGUCUAUGCAAGCAUCUGCAAAACGUAAUGUGGAUAACGAUUCAAUUAUUCAAAUGGAUAAACAAAACGAAAUUUUAAAAGCCCACAAUAAAAACUUGACAUUUCAAGUCUUUACAGUGCAACUCCAUUACAGAUUUUCCAAGAUCUGUUAAUGUGCGAAUAUGCCACUGUUGCAUUCUUUCUUGCUAAAGGAAGCUUUUACGAGUAUCUAAUAAUAUGUAAGUAUGUCAUUUUGAUUGUGAAAUAUAUAAUUGCAUUCUGGAAAAUAUAAAUGUUAAUGCAGUUUUUUUCUGUAUUAUUUUUGUAGCUUUUUUUACGUGUUUCGAAUAAAAUGUCCAGUUUUAGUGACUAUUUAAUACAUAAACAGCAAGGGGUGCUAUUGUACAAGAAAUAAGCAACUGCUGAACAAUUUAGCGUGUGCUUCUAUCUAUAGUAAAAAAAAAUUAAAAAUAAAAAGCACUUAUUGUAGCUAAUAAUAAAACAGCUGUAAAAAGAAAGCGUUGUAUUCAUUAUACGACCUUGAAUUAAAGCAUUUAAAAUAAUAAAUAAAUACACAAGCUGAAA